UUCACAUUGUAGAGAAAGUGGUAAAAAGUUUAAAUUACAUUAAUAUCAAAGGGUUAACUUACAAGAUGAAGGGGGAAAGAAAGAAGAAAAAAACAACUUUGAUCUGUAUCCAUCACCAAAACAUUUUUUAUAUAAGCAGACAGGAAAUGACUGCUCAGUGCGGUCACAGUGGUGUAGUUCACGUUCAGCUAAUAAAAGCAUCAGUACACAGCAGCAUCCACACGAGCAACUCACACAAUGGACUCCAAAAGACCGAAAAUCUACAAGAGGACUCAUGGCAAUAGUAGCAAUGAGAUACAAGAACUGGACAGAGAAGAUGGUGAGGAGAUGAUCACUGAUGCCAACAGAGACACAAAGAAUCAUGACGUCAGGACAGAAACAGAGAACUCAGACACUGCCAUAUAUCAAACACUUCAACACUCAGGAAGUGUUUGUGUGAGGAUCAGAAGCUCCAGAGCAGCUCCAGUGUGUUUGGUGCUGCUGUGUGUUCUUCUGCUGACUGCAGUCAUAGUGCUGGCCAUCAAACUCACUAAAACGGCUGAUGAGUUUUACAUCAAGUACCAAAACAUCACAGAAGAGAUAAAUGAGUUAAGAAAAAGAAAAACAAUCUUGAAAGAGAAUACUACAAAUUUAUCAAAUUAUAAUAAAACCCUGAAUACAGAAAAAUUGACAUUACAGAAGGAGAUGAAAGAACUGAGGCAACGGAUACAUAAAAUAGAUGGAUGGAGUUGCUAUCAAUCCAGUCUUUACUUCAUCUCCACUGAGAAGAAGAGCUGGACUGAGAGCAGAAGAUACUGUACAGACAGAGGAGCAGAUCUGAUCAUCAUAAACAACAGAGAGGAACAAGAGUAUUUAAAACAAGUUCCAGGUGGCACUGAUGUCUGGAUUGGUCUGACUGACAGUGAUGUGGAGAACACAUGGAAAUGGGUUGAUGGCACCAACAUGACCUCUGGGUUCUGGAGGGAUGGAGCACCAAGUGAUAGCGCUGGUGAUAAGGAUUGUGCCAUAAAUCUGCCAUCAGGGUUUGCUGAUUAUUCAUGUAAAAAAACUUUUAAAUGGAUCUGUGAGAAGAACACAUCUUAAUUUACAUUGCUAUAAAGGGUUGUUACAACAUUUGUCUCAUUUCUCUUUUUGUUCUAAAACAUAGUUCUGCAAGUUUCCAUGUAAUAAAUCAUCUUUAUCAUUAAAACACUGAGUACAUUUAUUUAUGAUUCUAUUAUAUUUUGUUACUGAUUCAUGUGUGCAGCUCCUCAUCCACCAUAUUCACAGUGAAAGCUGAAGUGUCCAAAUACUAACAUUACUGAAUGUGUUUCAAUAGAUUAACCCUCUGGAGUCUGAGGCUGAUUUGGGGCUUGGAGAAGUUUUGACAUGCCCUGACAUUUGUGCUUUUUUCAGUUGUUCAUAAACAUAUAAAUGACAAAAGUGUCAU